GUUUCUUUUUUUUGUUGUAUUAAUAUGUGCGGGCAGUGAAGAAUUUUAUAUCGCUGUCACUAAGCAAAGUAAACAGUAGGGAAGCUUAAUUGUACAUUCGCCGCCACGCGGAUUGUGGUCGAUAAAAAAUUAAGAAAAUAUAACCUAGAAUAAUGUUAUAAUAAAAAUGAGGAGUGCGAUGCAUUAAAGUAAAAUUUAGAAUUGCAUUAUUAAAAUUUCGAUGAAAAUUAUGUCUAAAGCGUACCAAGGAUCGACCAAAUUUAGGAAUAAAUUAACACGAACGUAUAAAUAUAAGAAGAGAACUGGAAAAAUAAAGCAGAAAAAUAAAGCGGAUACAACAAAUGAAAUAAAAAAAGCUAGGAUUAUUAUUCGUAAUCUUUCCUUCAAAACUACGGAGGAAAAUAUUCGUCAUCUCUAUGAGCCAUUUGGAGAUAUUGAGGAAAUCAAGCUAUUAAAGCGCCCGGAUGGAACGCUGGUAGGAUGUGGAUUUGUUCAAUUUAAAAAUGUAAAUGAUGCUUCCAAAGCUAUUUUUAAAACAAACAAAUCAGAAUUCUUAGGUCGUACGAUAAGUUGCGAGUGGUCUAUUCCAAAAUCGGAAUUUGUUCAGAACUUGAAAGUCAAAGAAAUAAAAGAAGUGAAUGAGAACUUAAGAAAUGAAAGUACAAAAGAGUUGGAUAACGAUGAAAAUUUAUAUAAAAGUAAAACAAAAUUUUCAAAGAACCAUGAAAGAUCAAAAGCAGAGCUGAGGAAAUUGCAAAAAAUAAAAAAGAGGCAAAAAAGAUCGAGAAUCAUAAUUAGGAAUUUGCCCUUUACAGCCAGUGAGGAAUCUAUAAAGGAAUAUUUUACGAAAUAUGGUAAUAUCGAAGAAUUAAAGUUUUUAACAAAACCCAAUGGAACUCCAACGGGCUGUUGCUUUGUACAAUUUGAUCGUGUACAAAGCGCUGCUCAAACUGUGCAUCAUGAAAAUAUGAAAUCCUUUCUCGGUAGAACAAUAAUCAUAGACUGGGCCAUUCCGAAAAAUAAAUUUCAAACGUCCAGUGAAAAUGCAAACUGUAAUACAGAAGAACAUAAGGAUGCUGAAAUAUCAAUAAAAGAAGAAGAGACUGAAAAUAAUGAAAAUGAAAUCAAAAUUAAGGAAGAAAUUGACAGUGACGAAGAACGAAUCAAAGAGGAAGUGGACAAUACUAAACAAGAAACUGAUGAUAAUAAGAGGGAUGAAUUUAGCAAUGACGAAGAUAACGAUGAUGUUGAAGGUACCGAUGAUAAAAAAAACAUAAAGUUAGAAUUUGAUAAUGAGUCUACGGUCCCUCAUCCUCGACGGAUUUCUAACGAUGUAAACGAAGGCAAAACUGUUUUUAUAAAGAACGUUCCCUUCUCCGCAACAAAUGAAAUUCUUAAAGAAUGCAUGCUACAAUUUGGACCAGUUUAUUAUGCUUUAAUAUGUAUCGAUCGAUUGACAGAGCAUUCGAAAGGAACGGCAUUUGUUAAAUUUAUAAAUAUAGAGGAUGCAGAAAAAUGCUUGGCAGCAGGAACGGAAUUAAAAAUACAUGAUCAGGUUCUCGAUCCGCACAAAGCACUUCAUAGAGAUGAAAUAAAAGUAAAAGCUGAACAGAAGAAGAAUACUGUUAAAGAUUCGAGAAAUCUUUAUUUAGUGAAAGAAGGAGUGGUUUUUGCUGGUUCGGCAGCUGCUCAAGACGUAUCAGCCUCGGACAUGGCACACCGACUACAGCUCGAGCAAUGGAAAUCGCAAAUGUUACGAAAUUUAAAUAUGUUCGUUUCGAGAGUCCGUUUAGUCAUACAUAAUUUGCCGGAGAGUACCGACGACGCUAAGCUACGCCAGCUCUUUAAAAAUCAUAGUAAUCCAAAAGCGGUAAUUACCGAGGCUCGUGUGAUGCGAAAUUUAAAGAACGUAGACGCUAAUAAGGUUGGCAAGUCCAAAGAAUAUGGCUUUGUAUCCUUCAAACUUCACGAGGAUGCUCUCAAUGCGCUUAGGAGCAUUAACAACAAUCCGAAUAUUUUCUCAAAAGCCAAGAGGCCCAUCGUUGCUUUCUCAAUUGAAAAUCGAGUAAUGGUGAAUGCGAAAAAACGACGAAUCGAAAACAGCCGACAGCGCAACCCUUUGUAUAAUAAUUACGAUAAGCAAGGCGAAAAAAACCAAGUGGCAAGCAACAAAGUGAAAGGAAGUAAAGAACGCGCGAAGCGGAGAAAACAGUCGGGGAGCAGAAGGUCGUCCGAAAAUGCAGAGAACGAAGAUGUGGAAUCUUUCGUCGGUACGACAAGUAAAAUUGGCGUUAACAAAAUGAAUAGUAAAUUCUUCCUGAAGAAACAGGCGCAAAUCCAUAACGAUAACAUGAAGGAGCGCAAGAGGAGGCUGAGGACCACCAAGCAAUUGAUAAUGAUGAAGAAGGAGCAGAGAUUGAACAAAAUGAACAUGAAGCCGAAGCAAGGCAGUAAGAAGCCGGACGCGGACGAGAUCAACUUCAACAAAAUCGUUAAAAAUUACAAGAAUAAAAUAUCGUCAGCUGCUAAGGAUUUGAAAACGAAGUGGUACGAGACUCGAGGACAAGGAUAGUCGCUAUUAUAAUUCUCUGUAUUUGAAAAUAAAAAAUCAACUGCCAAGUUGAAAAAAGCAGGCUAGAUGAGCGGCAAUCGUAACAAAGAAAC